AUGCCUGUGAUUGAUUUGAUUCCUACAAAUAUUUCCUCGACGUGUGGAACGUUCCUCACGCAGCUGGACCAGGACAACUUUUUUCAGCAAUGCACAGAGCCGCUUAUCCAGGCUACGGACAUUUACACGAAUGCUACAGAGGGCAACACGGACGCCGCAUCCUUGUCGGAGUCAUUGGACUCGCUAUGCCGGCAUAGCGAGGGCUGCGAAAAGUCAUUGGUCCGGCAGUAUAUCUCGCAGUUCUGGGACAACUGCGAAGCCGAGCUGGAAGAAAACGAUCCAUCUGUCAUGGACUUGUACAAUUAUAUCUACAUAUUCAACCCAUUCCGCGACGCGAUCUGCUCACGAGACAAGAAAAACACCUACUGCCUGCAAAGCUUAUCGCCAUUUAUGGCCUCUUCACCACAACCUGCCCGGCGCAGUGUAGCAGCCGACGUCGUUUCUGACGACGAGUUCUGGUCGCAGAUUAUGGCCUCGAUCCCGACAUCGAAUGGCACACAGGACGCUGCCGAAAGCCUGGAUCCCUUGCAGGUAUUCAUGUUCCUCUCUCCCAGCUCGUCCAAGGAUAUGCUGUGCUCAGAGUGUGCACAACAUGUACUCGCCUCUUAUAUUGCGUUCGAAAUGGGCUCGCCGUACGCACUGGGCCUCGAUCGAUCCGACGUACUGCAGUCCCAGCAAGGUAUCUAUGAAAAAGCGCGCAAGGAAUGCGGCCAGGCAUUUGUCGACGCUGUGAAUCAGCAAGCAAACGUGCAGCUCUUUGCCGAGUCCGGCGGCGAGCGCACACUGCCUUUUUCUCGCAUCUCGGUCCUGUUUGUCUCUCUUGUGGCCUUGGUAUCCAUUCUCUAG